CCUAAAAAAAAGAGAGUAAAUAAUGAGCUCCUCUAUUAUGCUGCUAGCGGUGUUCUUCGUCUUCGCUUUCGUGGCGCCGCGAGCGAUCGAUGCCGCCGAUCUCGCCAUGCGAGUGGAUGCUGGAAGCGCUGGCCGGAGGAUUCCAUCCACGCUGUUUGGAGUGUUCUUCGAGGAAAUCAACCAUGCAGGGGGAGGAGGUCUCUGGGCCGAGCUCGUCAGUAACAGAGGAUUUGAGUCUGGGGGCCAAAACACUCCAUCCAACUUAGCGCCAUGGUACGCGAUUGGUGACGACUCCCAGGUGUGGCUGGAGUCGGAACGAUCCUCUUGCUUUGAGCGAAACCCAGUUGCUUUGAGGAUGGAAGUACUUCGAGAGGUGGAAGGUGGGGUGGGAAUCGCCAAUCCAGGCUUUUGGGGAAUGGACAUUCGAGCUGGGAACACAUACAAAGUUUCUCUCUGGAUACGAUCUCUCGACAAAGUCAAUCUUUCCAUUGCGUUUACGUCAAGAGAUGGAACAACAACUUUGGCUCAAAGUGAUCUCAUAUUGGACGCUUCAGAGGCAGAGGAAUGGAGCAAACACGAGAUGGUUUUGGAAGCUUUUGACACCGAUCACUACGCUCGACUUGCUCUGACAAGCAUGCACAAAAGAGUGUUAUGGCUCGACCAGGUUUCAGCGAUGCCUGAAGAGACGUACAAGGGACAUGGAUUCCGAAAGGAGCUUGCGCUCAUGCUUGAAGAUUUAAAGCCAGGAUUCGUUCGUUUUCCAGGCGGAUGUUAUGUUGAAGGUGGAAGCCUGCGAAACGCGUGGAGAUGGAGAGAUACAGUCGGCCCCUGGGAGGAAAGGCCUGGUCAUUUUGGUGAUAAGUGGAAUUAUUGGUCGGAUGACGGGCUCGGGUUUUUUGAGCUUCUCCAGCUUUCAGAGGACCUGGAGACCUUGCCUGUCUGGGUUUUCAAUAACGGGAUCAGUCACUCGGACGAGGUUUUACCGGAGCUUCUUGAUCCUUUCAUUCAGGACAUUCUUGACGGUAUUGAGUUUGCAAGGGGACCUAUGACUAGUAAAUGGGGUCGAGUUCGCGAGGCUAUGGGACAUCCCGAACCUUUCCCUCUUUUCUACAUGGCUAUUGGUAAUGAAGACUGCGAGAGGCAGUACUACCACGCGAACUAUCUAAAGUUCUACUAUGCGAUAAAGGAAGCAUAUCCAGAUAUCAAUCUGAUAUCUAACUGCGAUGGAACACUAAAACCUCUUGGUCACCCGGCUGAUCUGUUCGAUUUCCAUAUCUAUACGUCUGCAAACACUUUGUUCUCGAUGGUUCAUAAAUUCAAUCACGUUUCCAGGGAUGGUCCGAAGGUUUUUGUGAGCGAGUAUGCAGUUGUCAAGAGCGACGCAGGACAGGGAAGCUUUCUUGCUGCUCUUGCGGAAGCAGCAUUCCUGAUUGGUAUAGAGCUCAACAGUGACAUAGUCGAAAUGGCAAGCUAUGCUCCAUUGUUUGUCAACACAAACAACAGGCGAUGGAAUCCCGAUGCUAUAGUUUUCGAUUCAUGGCAACAGUAUGGAACACCAAGCUAUUGGAUGCAGCACUUCUUUAAGAUGUCAAACGGGGCAAAACUUUUACCGUUCGCGGUCGAGAGUUUAAACACAAGCGCGGUACCCGUAGUUUUAUCUGCUGUACGCAUAGAAGAUGGAACCAGCCUCGUGUUAAAGGCUGUGAACUAUGGACAGUUUCCAGUAGAGAUUCGAGUGUCUCUGGAGGGAGUUUUGUCCAACGAGAUCGAUAUUUUUGCUUCGACCAUCACAGUUCUUUCUAGCGAAAGCCUCAUGGAUGAAAACUCGUUCCAGAAUCCUCAUAAGGUGGUGCCUAUAACGAGCUUGUUCCUUAGCGCGGCAACCGACAUGGAACUCUCACUGCCGCCUUACUCCAUCGUUGCGCUUGGUCUUCCACUGUUAUCUUCCUCGAGAGCUGAUAUAUAGUGUACGUGUUAAAAAAACGCAAAGGUUUUAGGCU